AUGGGAAUCAAAAACCAUCGGAUCACACUUCAAGGCUGCCUCCUCGUAUGGAUUGGGAUUUCAUUAGUUCUUGUCAAAGAUACCACAGAAUCUGAUACUACAGCAGAUCCUACCAUGGAGCCUUCAGUGACCCCCAUGGAUGCUACUACAAACACAACAAUUGGUCAGCCAAUGGAGUAUAUAGAACGUUCUGUUCCUACGGACAACAGCUCAAUGAAUGUAUCUAAUGGUUUCCCAACUAUUCUACCACAGGGUUUCCCAACUAUUCUACCACAGAACUCCUGUCACUUAUUUUACUGCAUGGGAGACAGUUGUUACAAAAAUGAAACUUCUUUUUUAAAUUCUGCUAAUACAACAUGUUCGAGUUAUUGUGAAAUGUACCGCCACAACAGCUCCUUUUAUGAAAGCAGAUGCAAUCAGCACUGCAUGCAUCACAUCUGCAACAGCACACAGCAAGAUGGAUGUGCACUAAACUGCUGCAAUCAAUCUAUGUGCUUAACUUCAGAAGACAUGAUGGGAGGUAACAUGACUAUGUACAACCAAACUGCCAAGACUCCAGUUACAGCCACCACUACAACAACUACCACUGCCACAACUACUACAACUAUUCAAUACAGUGAUAAGAAAUGUAGAUCAUUUACCUGUUCGGGGACAGACUGCUAUAAAAAUCAAGCUGGUGCAGCAACAAAGCAAUGUCAGGUUGGAAAAGUUCACUGUGAGUUACAGAAAAAAGUGACAAAUGGCGAGGUGUCUUAUGAGGGAGGU